GACCCAGGUGUCCACUCUGUUCACCUGCAGGACGGAAACAUGGCUCUCUUCAAGUGCUCGCUCGGUGUCCUCGUCGUCCUGCUGCUGCUCUCUGAAUGCUCCUGGGCUGAAGAUACGGAUCUGUCUGUGUCUGAGCUCCUGUGGAGGGCCAACAAAGAUGUAGUGCGCACAAAGGACGAGCCCUUGGUUAUCGAUGACAUCGCCUAUGACAAUGAAAACGAGAGAAACGCUGAUCCCUGCACCUCCCAAGGCUGCAUGUGGGCAAAAUCAGCUGAUGGAAAAAUCUAUGUGCCUUAUACCAUCGCAGGACAUUUCUCUUCUCGUGAGCGCUCCAUCAUCGAGCGUGGUCUUGUCUCCUUCCAUGACGUCUCGUGCAUUCGCUUCGUCCAGCGCAGCAGCCAGAGGGAUUACCUGAACAUCCAGUCCGACAAUGGUUGUUAUUCGUACGUUGGUCGCCGUGGUUACUCUCAGACGGUGUCUCUGGACCGUCAGGGCUGCCUCUACCACAGCACUGUGCAGCAUGAGCUGCUUCACGCGCUCGGCUUCAACCACGAACAGUGCCGCUCAGACAGAGACCAAUACAUCAAGAUCCUGUGGGAGAACAUCCAGUCCGGGUGGGAGUACGCCUUCGACAAGAUCAACACUCUGAACCAGAACACCCCCUACGACUACAACUCUGUCAUGCAGUACCACAGGUACGCCUUCUCUGGGAACAAUAAGCCUACGAUGGCUCCCAUCCCCAACGCCAAUGUUGAAUUCGGCACGGCCACCCAGAUGAGCCAAAAUGACAUCACCAGACUGAACAGGCUGUACAAAUGUUAAACAGUGAGUGAUCAAAUCAAACCUGGCAACAUGGAUCCAGUUGGUACCUGAAACCAGAUGUACAUUCACGUGUUUCAUCCUUUCAUACUAAAAUCUAAGAAAAUGUAUACACAAUAAAUUUUAGAACAUGUC